AUAUGAAACGGUCAUGAGCCGAAACUCGAGUAUACUCGGCCGUGCAUCAGGAAGCAUCGCUUUUCCAACAUGACACGAUGUUCGGUUACUAGCAGCGGUGACAACUGCUUGCUUGAAUGCUAACGAAGCUAACGCUAGCUGCGUGCGCACAGCUUUAACCAGAGACACCGCUCGAGCGUCUAAACUACAACAAUAGAAAGCGAGUGAGUCUGAAUCUUGUACUGCAGGUCAGCUGUAAUGGAAGGGGGAGGGGCAGCGGGCGUCAACCUCAGCAGGAAGUUUGUUUCAGAAGCUGAGCUUGAAGAGAAGAGGAAGAAGAGACAAGAAGAAUGGGAGAAAGUUAGGAAACCUGACGACCCUGAGGAUGCCCCAGAGGAGGCGUAUGACCCACGUUCGCUCUUUGAGCGGCUGCAGGAGCAGAAAGACAAGAAACAAGAUGAAUAUGAGGAGCAAUUCAAAUUCAGGAACAUGGUGAGAGGAUUGAACGAGGAUGAGUCCAGCUUCCUGGACGAGGUCUCCCGGCAACAGUGCCUGGUGGAGAAGCAACGCAGGGAUGAGGAGAAGCAGGAACUGCUGGAAUACAGAAGCGCUCUAGUGAAGAAAGCAUCCACAGAAAGUCGCAAAGAGCCUGAAAAGAAGGCGGCACCUAAACAUUCAGGGGUAGAGCAAAGGACCAGCCACCUGUCUCAGGCCCAUUUGUUGGCUGGAGCUGUCAAGAGGCGCAGCUCCUCCCAGUCGUCAGACAGCAGUAAGAAACAGAAGGUGGAAAUCACAACUACAGCAACGACGACAGGAAAUGGAGACAGACACACAGAACAGGAGAAUGGUGCAGGAGGAGGAGCAGGGCGAGCUGAAGAUCAACAAACAGCCCCCGGCCUGACGGCGAAGACCCCCUCUGCUUCACUGAGCACCGGUCAAGGUGUGUUACACCUGCCGUCAGCGGCCGUGUGCGUCGGCGUUUUACCAGGACUCUGCGUUUAUUCCGGCAGCAGCGACUCUGACAGCAGCUCGGACAGCGAAGGUAGCGUGGACGCAAUCAUGUUGCCGUACCCCCGGCACAGCAGGGCCUACAGAUAGACACACAUCAGCAUAGACACACAUCAGCAUAGACACACAUCAGCAUACACACACACACACACACACAACCGUAAGUAUGUUAAACAGUCGUAAAAGGUAACCUCACACAAGGUAUGCACACACACAGACGGAUUAAAGGUCAUACAUACACACAGUGAUAUAUGUUAGUCAUGCACUCAAACAUUUUCAGUAUUCCUGUCGUUUUCACAGCUGUGAGUUGAACUGUUGCUCUUUGUCAUCAAAGUUCAGCCCAGUAAUGUAACCCUAAUAAACCGUAACAUGAGGACCAAUUUAAACUCUAUUCUGAACUAAA